CUUAUUUCAUAUAUAUAAUAAACUCAGGAUUAUUUAUUUAUCUUUAAAGCAAUCAAAAUCUUAAAUAGAAUUUCUAAAUUUUAAAGAAUUGGAAUAAUAAUAGUAAAGUAGAAAGAAAUUAUUUUAGCAAAUAUAAUGGAGACACUAUAAACAAACAUAAAAUUAUAAAAGAAUUUCCUUGUAAUGACGAGAACAUUUGAGAUAGGAUCGCUUUCUGAAGUCAUAAAGAGUUCCUACGAAAGCAAAGAUGCUUUGAAAUAAGGAUUAGUGCCGUCAUUAAUUAGCUUUAUAAAAGGUCUUAUUUAAGAUUUCUAGUCAUGCAAAGAUCUUCUAAACUCCCACAUUUGCGAACAUACACUCCAUGUUUUGGACACAAUAUUAUUUAAUUUGUUUACAAAACAAAAGAAAGAAGAAAGAUAAAUUUUUAAUAAUGAUAUUUAUGAAGGAUCUCAGCAAAGUGUAAUGAGCAGAUUCCAAAAUAGUGAAAUAUCAAGUGUGACUGUGGCUAAUUUUUAGAAUUAGAUAAAUGAGCAAUUUAUAUAAAAUUUUAAAUAGUUCUUUCAAGAAUUAUCAAACAACAAAGAGUUUUUUUAGAAUCUUGAAGAGCUUUUUUUAUAGCACAGACCCAAAAGCGAAUUGAGAUCAGCAUUAAAAAGCCUCAUAAAGACAAUUGUAUAUAUUUAACAAAAAGAGGAUUUUUAAAAUUCAUAGUUGGAUGAAAAUAUUAAACCCUUGACUCCUCUUUAUACCACAAACUUGUAGCUGCCAAAUAUAAAAGUUUAGAUUGAUGAAGUGAACAAAAUCCUCUUUGGAAAUAAAUUAGACAAAAUUGUUCGUAUUCUAACAUCUAAGGAAAUAAUAGGAAGCUAACAAGAGGUGCAUUUUGCAGUUGGUAGAAUUUAUUUUGCAGCCCACAGCAGAAACAGAAGUAAUUUUAACAGAAAUGCCUUUAAGCAAAUAAAGCACACUGGAAAAGACCUUAUUUAUAAUUUAAUCAGACACUAUGUAGUAAAUUAAUCUCCUGACAAAUAAAAAACCUAAAUUUGUAGCUAGAAAGACACAGAAAAAUACCCAAUUCCAGCAUUCAUAUUAAAUUAUCUGUAGCUGCUCUUUAUGCCAAUUUACAAUCAAUUCUAAGAAUUAUUUGAUAAACACAUUAUGGAGAAGUACACCAAAAACCAAGAAUAAUUUUACUCAGAGAUAUUUUCAACGACAACAUAAUUUAUAAUACCCUUCUUUUAGAACUUGCCUAUUGAAUUUUGCAACUUUUUCACACAAUUUUAUUAGAUUAUAUAUGAGAAUCAUGAACAAUUCUCUGAUAAAUUAAAUGACCUUUUCCCAGUUAAAUAGCUUUUUGUUAAUAGAUUUUUCCUUAAUCCCCAUCUGAGACUCUUUUUGCUUCCUAUAAGCCAAGAAAAAGAAAAGGAUUAUGUUGAAGCUCUUAACUGGUUCAGUAAAUUAUUUUACAAUAACUCGAAAUAAGAUAAAUUUCAGAGCUAAAAUUCUUUCUUUUUAAAACUAAAUUCUAUCAUAUAGGAUUGCUUCUCAAAGAUAGUAACUAAUUAUCACUAGUUUACUUAAUCUUCUGGACAUAUUGAUGUUUACAACAUGUAUCUUGUUGACCCUAUUCUUAAAAAGGACUACAACUUUUUGUAUGAACUGAUAAAGCUGAUUUCAUUUUCAGAGCAUGAACAAAAGGACUAUCAAAUUUAUAAAUUUAAGCAAAUUUUCCCUGUAAAAAAAAGAAUUGAAUAGAAAUUAUAAAUGGAUAUUAUACGAGAGAUAGCAACGCCAAUUAAUGAGAAUAUAAGUUAAAAGAUGAAUGAUGAUAGUCCUGUUAAAUCACAACAGUAGUAAAUUUAAGAAGAAAAGCUUUUCUUAGAGAGAGAAUAAAAACUAAAAGCAGGUUAGAGUAGUUUCUAAUAAGCUCAACCUAUUACAUAAUAAUCAUAAAAAAGUAAAUAAGAUUAGCUCACAGAUUAUCAAAAUUAGCUGCUUUUGCAAUAAAUAUAGUAACAAUAGCAAUAAAUCCAAGAAUUACAAAGAUAAAAAUCAAGUAAUACUAUUUCGAGUAAUCAAAAUUUCAACCACUUUGCUAUGUAAUAAGGUCAAAACAAUUCUAUAAAUAUUAUCGACACACCUUCACACAUGAUUAAUCCUGGAGCUGUUUAGUAUGGAAAUCCUAAUUAUUUAUUGAAUAAUGCUAAUAGUUUUGGAUCGGCAAUUAAUAAUAAUAAUUUUACUAAUACUAAUAACAGUACACCUAUGAACAAUAUAUUUACAAAAUUGUAAACAAAAGAUGAGGGGUUUAUAAAGAAUGCUGAACUCCAAGGUAUGUACGUAUAAGGGAAUUAUCAAGAAUUAGAUAGAGAUUUCUUAAAACAGUAAGCUUUUAAAUAUGAGUAAAUUAAGUAAAAAAUUGAAUAAGAGUAGCAACUUAUUGACAGGUUUAUAUAAAAGAAUGAGGAAGAAAACUUUUAAAAAUCACAAGCAAUCAAAAACCACUUUUAGCAAUACAAUUAACAACAGGAAGAAAAAAAUUAUGACGAUAGACUUAAAGAAAAUUUGGAGAAAUAAAUCACAGAUUUAUAUGAAAAACAUAUUAAUAGCAUGCAAAAUUAAAUCCAACAGAAUGAAUUUAAAAGCGUUCUUUAACAGGAAAUCCUUAUGCUACACGAGAGAAAUGAAUUUUUGAAAUUGAUCUUAAAAUAAAGAUAUCCAACAGAGAUAGAUUACAUAGAUUCUUUAGAUAACCAAUAAUCAAUAGAUGAAUGGAAAAAAUCUUUUGAAUAGUAAGAAAGAAAAGAAGGAAGACUUAAAAGAAAUUAGGAGGAUGACGAAUUCUAUAUAUUGCAAAAUAAUUUAAACAGAGAAUUUUAAAAGGUAGAGGAGGCCGAUAUUAAGCUUUAAAUACAUAGAAAAGUAAAUGCAGAAUUAUUCUGA